UUGCUGGACUGCUUUUGAAGCCCCGCUGACGAAACUUUUUAAUUAAAUUUAUUCUCUCCCCAAUAUAUACCACAUUAUAAUCCAUAAUUUUUGCUUCCUUCCUUCCAAUCACCCUAAUCUCAUUUCUCAAUCUCUCAACAUUCAUAAAUUGUUCUAGUUUUAUACAACUUGGAGAUGAUGAUGCUGAAGACCCCAACUUCUAUUUCUCACGAGGACCCAAAGAGGAGGUUCUUUAGUUGCAGUUUCCUUUCUACCAUUGCUAUGCUUUCUGCAGUUCUCUUCUUUGGGAGCCAAUUUGUUGUCACUGAUUAUAAAGAGGCAUUUUAUUCGCAGAAGUUUUUAGCAUGGGGAUCGGUUUAUGGUAUGCAACAUACAAUUUCGAAAAGUUGCGAGACUCAAUGCAGGCCUGAAGGAACUGAGGCACUACCUAAAGGAAUUGUUUCCAAGACCUCCGACUUGCUAAUGCAACCGUUAUGGGGUCCCCGAAACAAAAAGAACACAAAGUCAUCAACAAACUUAUUGGCCAUGGCAGUUGGAUUAAAACAAAAGGAAAGUGUGAACAAGAUUGUAAAGAAGUUCAUAUCAAGUGAUUUCGUUUUUAUGCUUUUCCAUUACGACGGUCAUGUAAACGAGUGGAGAGAUUUGGAAUGGAGUGGUAAGGCCAUUCAUGUGUCCGCUAUGAAUCAAACUAAGUGGUGGUAUGCCAAGCGUUUCUUGCAUCCAGAUAUUGUUUCUGAGUACGAAUUCAUCUUCCUCUGGGACGAGGACCUUGGAAUCGAAAAUUUCAAUGCUGGAAGAUACUUAUCCAUUAUUAGAAAAGAGGGGCUUCAGAUAUCACAACCAGCACUAGAUCCUGACAACUCUGAGGUGCAUCAUCUUCUUACGGCGAGAGACAACAGAACAGAAGUACACAGGAAGAUAAACAAGACGCUUCGUGGUGGAAGGAAGUGUGAUGAAAACAGCACAGAUCCUCCAUGCACAGGGUUUGUAGAAAUGAUGGCUCCUGUUUUUUCACAAGCAUCGUGGCGCUGCAUAUGGCAUAUGAUUCAGAAUGACUUAGUUCAUGCUUGGGGCUUGGAUUUCCAGCUUGGUUAUUGUGCACAGGGUGAUCGAACUAAAAAUAUCGGAAUUGUUGAUUCUGAGUACAUUAUUCAUUAUGGUAUUCCUUCAUUGGGGGGUUCGGCAGCAAACAAGACAAAUGCUGAAGCAAAUGAUCAACCUGCUCAAAAUAUAAACUUGCCUAGUUCAGAACAGCCGGUAUCUGACCCUAGAACCGAGGUGAGGAAGCUAUCCUUGGCUGAAUUGGAAACUUUCAAGAACAGAUGGAAAAAGGCAAUCAGAGAAGAUAAUUGCUGGAUUGAUCCAUUCCAAAAGAACAUCACAGCUAAGUAAAAACACGAAGAGAUUGAUUUUCUAACCAAUCAAAGCAUCCAGGAGCCCUUUUAUUCGUAGCAUACAUGUGGAAUUUGUGAAUAAUAUUCUAAUAUCACAAUUUGUAGCAUUCAAUUGGUAAAAUUUAUAUAUCAUCUCAAUAAUCUAUAUA